AUGCGGGAAGUCAACUUUAGUAUUCCCAAUGUGAACAAGGCCUCGGUCAAUAUUACCACCACCCUCUAUGAUCGUCGGGCUCUUGAUUGCACAUCAACCCUACCACUCAUCAAUUCUCUCAACCAUCUUGCAUAUCUUACAACAUCGUCUGCUCGGAUUCGAGACAUCCUCACGGUCGAUGGCGGCAUCGAGCGACUGGUAUGCAUCCUCAAAGAAGGCCGGAGCAAGGAUUUAAUGGAAAUGUGGAAAUGGAGCCUUGCUUUCCAGUGCGUUGUCAAUAUUGGUGUGCGAGGCUCCGAAGCUGUGCGGACCAGAGUGGUGGAGGCCGACAUGGUUCCCGUCAUUGCCACUAUUCUGAACAAUUACAUCAAAGUGGUGGACAAAGUGCGAUCGCGCAAUGAUCCAGAUUCCGAGAAGCAUGCAUCUUCUAAGCAAUUAAAGCCUAGCAGCAACCGGGAUAUCUCCACACGUUCUACACCCAUGGAUGCAGACACCCAGACCGAGUCACAUCCUCAGGCCGAGUCACAUAUUUCGCGUCGACAAGCUCCUCCUCCGAGUAUCGAAAUCCCCCGACCCUUUUACCAGGAAACCCAGCCCACCGACUCUGAUGCCAUGGAUGUCACAUCUCCUCCUCGUGUACCUAUGACAUCGCCCCCUGAACGCAGUACUUUUGGCCAGGAAGCCCACAAUCACCGACUCAACGAUGGGCGAUUCCCACGUGCUAGUAAUCGUAUUCGAUCGAUGCAACCUCUUGCGACAGCCGUACCCUCCAUGGACACCACAGAUGGAUUUGGAUUACGUCCUGUGCGUGACACCGAGCGUCUUCCUAGCAUGCUUCCCGGCUUGCAAACCGGCCUCGUCUCACAACCUGACUCUCCAACUACCCCAAGUGGCCCUCUCCACUCACAACCUCGCAGCCUUCCCCAAACUAUCGCUGCCCGACAACGUCCUUCAAUCCGCCAGCAGCCAUCGGCGUCUGGCGAAUCAGAUGAUGCCAAUGGCGAAGAUUCGACUAUGGGAGAGGAUAGUGCCAUGGGACAGCCCGCCGAAGCCAUUGUUGGUCUCCCGAAUCGGAUGGAACUUGACAAUGUCGAGGAGCGGGAAACAACGAUGCUCGACAAUGUCUCCACCGCGCAUGACCUGACUGUCACUGAUCCCUCCGAGGAGGGCGGGCCAGAAGUUGAGACUUUCAACAUCACACAUCGAUCGACUGUGGAUGGUAGCAUCAUCAAUAACGGCAACACACAGGCUAACGGCGGACUGGGUCUUUCUCCUACACAAGCCACCAACAAUCCUAAUUCCCCUACUCUCGCCCCUAGCCCUUACGCCUUAUAUUCCCGUGAUCGAAAUGCUCCUGCAGCCCAAGGCGUGUUGACCACUAUGCCUCGUGAUGAGGAUGUCCUGAUGUCCCUCCAGCUUUUGGCAUAUGUCUCCAAGUACUGCAACCUCAGAGCUUAUUUCCAGUCAUCUCACCUUGUUCCCAAGUUAAAAAUCGACCGCGAACUUCACCUCUUGGAUGACAAUGCCGAAUCCUCUUCGCCAAUCGAAAUGUGUGAGGAGGAAGAUGAGUACUUGCUCCCUGAUGAUGUCAAUAUCUUCCCCCUGGUGGAGAAAUUCACCGUUCGACACCACUCCAAGGACAUGCAGUACUGGGCGUGCGUGGUCAUGAGAAAUCUCUGCCGCAAAGAUGAGGCUAGAGGUGGCAUCCGCCAGUGCGCCUAUUACCAGUGUGGCAAGUGGGAGGAGUUCCAGCGGCAGUUUGCCAAGUGUAGGCGUUGCCGUCGCACCAAAUACUGCAGCAAAGAUUGCCAAAAAUCCGCGUGGGUGUACCACCGGCACUGGUGCCAUACGACCCCUUGA